CAGCGGGAUGCCGCAGGCGCCGGGGGAGGCGGGCGGCGCGGGCGCGGGCGCGCUGCGCUCCGCCAACACGCAGGAGCUCUCCAAGGUGGUCUUCAACAACCACAGCCCCCGCUGCGUGCUCCCCGUCUGGCUGGACUUCGAGGGCAGGCCCCGCUUCUACCCGGUGCUGCAGCCGCGCACCGGGCGCGUCAUGCACAGCUACCGCGGUCACCUCUGGCUGUUCAGGGACGCGGGCACCAACGACGGGCUGCUGGUGAACCAGCGGGAGCUGUUCGUCGCCGCUCCCGACGUGCGCAAAGCAGACAUCACGCUGCCAGUGUUCACCCUGAAAGAGAGAUGUCUCCAGGUUGUUCGCAGCCUGGUCAAACCAAUGGACUACAGGAAACUGGACAUUGUUCGAUCAUUGUAUGAGGAACUGGAAGAUCAUCCUGAUAUUAGUAAGGAUAUUCUGCGGCUUUCUCUGGAGAGAAGUGAAACGUUAAGGAAUGGAAUUUCAGAAUAAGAUGGAUGCUGUUCAUUCCAGACUCAUUUAAAGAGUCUUUAAACCACUGACUUUAAGCACGGGUUACCACCCUGAGACAGGCCAGGAGCUGCAUUUCAUAUUCUGAAACAUACACUCAGUUACCUAAGGUGUACAAAUCUUGUUAUGACGGUAAGUCCGAUUCAAAAGACUAAACACCACGUAAACAUAUGCUAAGCUCGUGAUGGUCCAGUUCUGCUCUUACCAAUGCUUAUUGCAAACCUGUGACUUCAGAGGCCUUGCGUGGAUGAAACUCAGAGAUGAAUUUUAACUUGGUUUAUUUCAGAACAUGCCACAAUGAUUUAAGAUCAGGUCAUGUGUGAGGGAUGUUUGUUUAUGUAUGUGGGAGUUUGCACCACCUUCUUCUGAAGGCCUAACCGGAAACUUUAUGUUGGAGGAAAGAUGAACUGUGUAAAAGCUUGGGGUUUUACACACUUCCCUUUGCAUUUAUAAAUCCGUGUCCUAGUAACACUUUGAGCCUGACAAAUUUUUACACAGAUCAUACUUUUAAUGCCUUAUUUGUCCUUCGUUAUUGGUUUGUUCACUGGUUCAUCUCAGGGUGAUUCAGCCUGGUCAGCCACAUUGGCUGUAUCCUAGUUUUGGGGCACCUUUCCCCUCUGCAGGGUUCAAGUCCUGAGGGGAGGCAUUUUUCUGGAGCAUGAGCCAUUUAAGUUGCUAUUGUCUCCUGAGGAUUAGGCAGGAGGCUGUAUCAGCUCAUGCAAGCCUGUUGCUAGGUCCAUCUCACAAAUUGAUCUAUGCUUUGUUUCAGGCAGGCUGGAUGAGCAAAGAAAAAAUGUUUCUUUGACUAUAUCCUAUUCUCCUCAUUCCUCAACGAGAAUGUGUAUUUGAAUGUAUACAUGUAAUUCAAAGCAGCAUUGUUUUUAGCAGAUGUAUGAAUUGUCUACCAAGCAAAAGAUGUAGUGCUGUGCCAUGUUAGAAGCAGACUGAUACAAGAUUAUAGCAGAUUAUUUGUGGAAUACCUUUCUUUCCAUUUAUGCUUAAAUACUGUAAAAACACAGCUGUGAAACUAAGUGACAAUAUCAGCCCAUUCUGUUAAGUAUGAAUUGUCUCCACUUCUGGUACACUUGUUUUUGUUCAAGUGAAAUGUAUGAACUGAUCUUUGUUGUUUGUCAUAAAAUGUAAAUCCACACUAA